AUGCUUACAACCGUUCUAGACAUACAAGCAGUGGAGGGUAAAAGUGUUAGUCUACCAUGUGACGUAACACCACCAGGUCAUGACAAAGUUUAUAUGGUGUUUUGGUUUCAACAAGGAUCAGGAUAUCCCAUAUACAGUUUUGACGUGAGAGGCAAAUCGAUGUCUCAAGCACGCCAUUGGUCUGCGCCAGAAGUAUUUGGAACAAGAGCAUAUUUUCGGACAGUGUCUGAGCCUGCUCAAUUAGUAGUGGAAGACAUUAAGCGUCAUGACGAAGGCAUUUAUCGCUGUAGGGUUGAUUUUCGAAAUGCGCAGACUCGAAGCGUGAAGUAUAAUUUGACUGUUAUUGUACCUCCAGAACCUCCGAUUAUCCUGGACAAAUGGGGACGUCAUUUAAAUGGCACAGUGGGACCUCAUGAAGUGGGCGAUGAUAUAAUCUUGAUAUGCAGAGCGGUUGGUGGUCACCCAAAACCGACCGUCAAAUGGCUCGUCAAUGGCAUUGUUGUCGACGAUGAUUAUGAACAUAAUGCUGGAGAUGUUAUUGAAAAUAAACUCACUUGGCCUUCGAUAUCUAGGAAAGACUUGGACGCUAUUUUCACUUGUCAAGCUCAAAAUACUAAAUUAACUGAAUCCAAGGAUGCUGCUGUUGUCUUGGAUCUUAUUUUGAAGCCCCUGACGGUGAACAUCGUGAAAAGCGAGAGCCCUUUGGUAGCGGACAAGAGAUACGAAGUUUCGUGCGAGUCGGGAGGAUCCAGACCACCCGCCAUUAUUACCUGGUAUAAAGGGAAACGUCAACUACGAAGAACAAAGGAAGAGACGAUGGAAAACGUAACAAUUAGUGAACUCAGCUUUGUUCCCACUACAGAAGAUGACGGCAAAUCAAUCACGUGUAGAGCAGAAAAUCCAAAUGUAACGGGGCUCUUUCUAGAAACAUCUUGGAAAAUUGAUGUUGUGUAUCCGCCUAUAGUAGACCUAUCUUUAGGCAGUACCUUGAAUGCUAAUGAUAUCAAAGAAGGUGAUGACGUUUAUUUCGAGUGCAAAGUAAAAGCUAAUCCUCCAAUGAGACGUCUAACUUGGUUACAUAAUGAUGUGUUUUUGGCGCACAACAUGUCGAGUCGGAUUAUUCACAGCAAUCAAAGUCUAGUGCUGCAAAAGGUCACGAAGCAAAGUGCAGGAGUCUACAGGUGUUCGGUUGUCAAUUCCGAGGGAGAAACCGUCAGCGAUGAGCUACACUUUAGGGUGCAAUAUGCUCCGACUUGUAAAUAUGACAAAAUCAUGGUGGUAGGAGCAUCCAGGGGAGAGAACAUAGAUGUGGUUUGUGAAGUUGAAUCUGAUCCACCGGCAAAGAGUUACAAGUGGAAAUUUAACAACUCCGGAGAAACUCUAGAGCUGGAACAGGAGAGAUUUGCAAAAACUAGCAAUGGGUCCGUAAGCAUACUAAAAUAUACGCCCAUAACAGAACUAGAUUAUGGUUCUUUAUCAUGUUGGGCAUCAAACGAUGUUGGAUACCAGAUUAACCCAUGCGUCUUUCAAGUCGUAGCAGCAGCUAAACCAUUUCCAGUCAAAAACUGCACACUUACAAACCAAACGAGCAACUCUGUAGAAGUUUACUGCCAGCCUGGCUUCGACGGUGGUCUUCCACAACAUUUUUUACUGGAAUUAUAUUCUUCAAAUUCCCCCGUACCUCGUUUAAAUAUCACCUCUUACUCGGAACCUUAUUUCUUUCUGGAUAAUUUAGAACCUGACGUCACUUUUAAAAUUGUGGUAUACGGAGUUAAUUCAAAAGGAAGAAGUACUGGAGUUAUUUUAGAGGAAAUAACUUUUAGGGAUGCUGAGAAAAGAACCGCAUCAGACAGUGAUGGAAUCUCUCCAAUGCUAGGCAUAUUAAUAGGAGCCACAAUUACCAUUAUUCUUGUAAUUACAAUAGUGGUCAUUAGAGCGCGGCAACAAGAAAGUAACCCACAGGUGAUGAUAGAAGAAAAAAUAGCAGGAGUUCCUGAUAAUUGUAACACCACCUCAUCAACUAAACCGUUAUUAAGAAGCGCUUCGCCAAGAGACAUUGAUGAGAAGGAUCCAGAUAUUAUUCCUGCAAAAUAUGGAGCGGCUGAAAAUGAGGAGAAUCGCUUGAUGUUUCAGUCGGUAAACGGGUCCCAAAUAGGGACCAUGGGUGACGUUGAUGUGGCUUCCCUUUGUUACAUUUCCGAGUUGCCCGCUCCCCAAUGGACCAGUCCUGCUAGUCCGGUCUCUAUUAAGCAAGUUAGUCAGUACCACCAGUAUAGCAAUCCAGUAGCAAUGGUCUCAGGAACAUUUCCUAGAGAUACUAGGCCAAAAGAUUUGUGUCUUAACAAUGGAAACCAUUUAACACUCGCUCGAACUUCGGACGUCGAACUUAAUGGACUAGCUAUAAAAGAACGCCUGAUGGCCAACCGCUUGCCCGAAAGUUGUGUCUAAAUCCAUCGGGAGCCGUCUACUUGCCGUCCAGGAGGAUAGAACUUUUCCGAGUAUUCUAGAUGUCAGUUUAUGUGCCACUCUAUCAUAUAUUUCAUGUUGCUGUUAUUCCUGCUUAUGUAAUAAUAUAUCUUGUAUAUAUUAAUCAUAUUUUAGAGCAAGAAAAAAUAAGAGGGCAAGCAAGAAAUGUUAAGACAAAAGUAAAUUAUAUGGAAACUAUACUAAUCUUGAGUUUAAUAUAUCAAAGAAACUUAAAAAAUAUUAUUAGAUGUUUAUAAAAGUUUAAAAUUAAUGAUUACUGCACAAAAUAAAAAACUAAUGCAUAUCUUGGUUCUCAUAUCGGUUUCAAACUUUUUUAAAUAAUCGUUUUGUCUUAAUAUUUUAAUAUUUAUGUUAUUACUUUUGCUAUAAGUGUUUCU